CAAUGAAAAGCCAUGAAAGAUGGCAGCUCUGCGCCGGCUGAGAAGGAUCUCUGCCGUUUACGCAGCCCGUGGGAGUACUUCGUCUCGAAAAAGGCAUGCAUUGAGGCAUACUACAACUCCCAUGAUUCAUGGCAAACAUGUGUAAGAAAGUUGAAGGCGGCGGAAGUAGCAGGAUCUAAGGACAAUACAGAUGACAGCCUGCUGUUGUGCGCCGUCAUAAUAAAGCACCAGUGUUACUCAGGUAUCAGAAGAUUGAGCCAAAAUGACAAAUUGGCCGCUACUAAGGUCCGUGAUGAUGCUGCUAGGGAUGUCCUUGAGUUGCUGAUGCACUUUGGGAAUAGUAAUGAAGCCAUACGUAAACAGCUUAUAUACGCACUCUGUGGGCUGAUUAUCAACUUCUGCGAUAUUAAAGCCAACGAAAAGGAAUUCCUCCUGAUUGAAUCCAUGGAUGUAUUGCAUAACCACCCUAAUAUAACAUGCGAAUUGCUGCACGCACUGCCGCAUGAUAUAUUAAACCAAAAUAUAAGCGCAUCAGUAUAUACUCGUGCAUGUGUUGUACGUAGUUGCGUAAUGUAUGCACCGAGGAUAUUCCUGCGGCUGUUCGGUAUACUCAAAGAAACACCACUGGAUAAACUGAGUGAGCCACUUGAAGCCCUGGUGGCCUGGCUAGACAUGCACAAACAGCUGAUAACUGAUUUCAAAGGGACUAAUGAAUAUAUAUUCAGUGACGACGUUACCUUCGAUCACGAUUCCAUUCUUGCUAAGAUCCCGCGUGAUGAUGGUGUCCUUUUAAAAAACAGUUUGAACUCGUUUGGAGCUAUCGGAGGGGUGUUUGAGCUAUUCAAAUGGCUAAAAGGCGCGAUAGGCGCCGAUAAAACGAGGAUAUCUAAUCUGGUUUGCACAGCACUGACAACUUUCUACUCACUAACCCAAUUCAACCUGCCGCGCAUGAUGUACGAGACCAGCAUGCGCUGCCAAGAUGUACAGGAGUACCCAUAUGGUAAACAGUGGUACAUGUGCUCAAAAGCAACGGUUGCUAACAUACCACCGAUAGUAACAGAUAGUUGCCGUUGGGCCAUGGAUUUCUUCUGCGAGUUGCAUCAAAUAUUUGACUUCGGCAACAACUACACAACUGGCAAUAAGUUCGAGAUAACGGUGCACUGCAAGCUGUCCAACAUGUACUUCCAAGAGUCGUCAGUACUCAUCAUGCGCGGUAUCAUGGAAUUACUUGUAACGAUAGCCGUGGAACAUAUACCAUACGCACUGUUAUUCACAGAAGAUAUAGCGCUAAAGGCAAUAUCGAUAUGCUACUUUGUGAAAGAUAUGAUACACUACCCAGAUAUGGCAUGCCGUAAGCUGUGCCUAGAUUUCUACACUAAUCUAUUUGGGGUCAUGUUCACACUGCAAAGGUAUAUGAAAGGAGACCAGCUGACAGAAUGUAUACUGCAUAUAGUACAGACAAUGAGGCAUAUAUACACUACCUUCUUCUGCCAGUUGAUAAAUACAUGCCGAUUAGACCUGCGGGUGAACGAUGUGUGCCAACUGGAUCAAUACAGAAACAUGGUACUAGCCUUCAUGGACGAUUCAAUGCAUAUUACAGGGGUACAUGUAGUGGUACAAGCGUUUGUAGACCAGCUAUUGCAAUUGGAAUUGAAUUUUGAUUGGUCUGAAGCGGAAUUGUGCUCUUUCCUACUGCAGGCAGUAGUGCAUCGUAUAACGCCUAAAAUGAUAGAUGCAGAGAUUGAAAACUUCCUAACACUGGUAUGUGAUCACAAGAGCCUGUGCCGUAUUUACACAACGCAUUCAGAGACUUAUGCACUCUUUGUACACCGUAGUAUAUCCAACUGCCUGGUGCUCACGUGUGGCCUGAUAGCGGAGAAUAAAACACUCCUAAAGGCUGCCCAGGAGUUUUGUAUGGUUAACUUCAAGGAAAAGCGGUACAUGUACGAGCAACAUAGCGCACGAGCACUGCGUUCACUACUGCUGAGCUCCAAGUGUAACGUAACUGAAGUGUACCAGCUGCUACGACAACUGGCAAUCAUGAUCACUUCACAAGAUUGCCCACUGGCGUCGCGAGUUGAGUUAUUGGGGUCAAUCUCAGACCUGAUCUCUACGUUCACUGAGGGCAUUAAAAUGAAGCUGAAACGUGAUCUUGUGAGCUCAAUGUCACUAAGGCUUAAACGUAUGCUUGAAAAUAAAAAUGAAAUAUUAAACCCAGAUGAAGUAACUCUGUAUAUACUGGUGCUAUGUAUAAUUGAUUUCCAACCUGAUUUGGAAUUGGAAAAAGUACUGCAAGGCGCGGAAAAGGAUGGGACUUUCCUAAAAGAUAACCAUGAAAUACUAAUAUUGGACCGAAUAAAGCAUAUGGCAAUGUUCUGGAACCAUGUUGAUGUAUGCCAUAAUGCAAUAGAAGUCAACGAUUCAACGCCAGAGGAUUAUGUUGAAAACAUUGGGCGUUGGCUUUUAUGGGUAGUAACCGAAGCUGCUGACGGAUCAAGCAGCCAGUUUCUUGCCAUAAGUACUAUAUUGAGCUCAGGGAGAGUGACCAAUACGAAUGGACUAGUUAAUGAAUCUGUUAAAUUGCUGUACCAACAUAUGGCCACGCUCAUAGAUGACAUGUUCAGCAAUAUUGACACCAAGUGGCUCGAUUUUGACACAGGAUUACAGGAUCCCGGGAUAAACAUUAGCAUAGAUAUCACUACGAAUGGCAAUAUUAUGUCGACGAACAAAUCAUUUCACCUAGAUGGAAUUAAUAAGGAUGCCCAACUUCCAGAUAUACAUAAAUUGGAUACCAUGGUAAAACUGGAUAGAGUUAAAAUGGAAUCCGUUAACACUACUAACCCAAAUGAAUCGCAACCAGGAAGUGAAUUGAAUCUAGAUAACAUAACUAAACAGAAAGAACUUGAUAUUAACCUGAAUUUGUUCAACCAGAGUGACUCUGAUACCGGAAAAACUGACUCGCCGAGGUCUGUAAAGAGUAGUACUAAUAGAAGGAGUCCUAGGUCAAAAAAUAGUGAGUCUGGUAGCGGUAAUACCACACCAAGGCGUAACACAAGAAGGAUUAAAGAAACUAUGGCAAACGAAUCUGAUACAGAUCAAAGCAAGUCUAAUAUAACAUUGAAUUCAGAAUCUGAUGAUAGUAGCGGUAAUCUGACCAAUGUACCAGAAUGGUACGUAACAAGACUAACCAAGAUGAACAAGGAUAUCAAGUUGAACGUUGACCGCUUCCGAAGUAAAAAUGAUUUCUUUACACUCAAAGAACUGCUACGGGCUAUUGCCAACGGGAUUAGGAACCGCUAUGUUUCAAUGGAAAUACUGUCAUGGCCUAAAUUCAGCCAGUAUCUUACGGUCAUAGCCAUGACAUUGCCUACGAUAAACCCUAUGCUAAACCGGUUAGUGAUAGAUGUAUUCCUGGCUAUAGUACUACAUUUGGAUAAUGAAGAUACGGAGCCUAUAUAUGGUAAAAUUAAACAUAUACUACUAGCCAGAAACCCGUUUGAUUGCAGAAGACGAAUGGUACAACUUAUACUAACCGCUGUAUUCAAUUGCAUAGUCUCCAGGACGUGCCAAUAUGAGUCAUAUAUAGACCCAUGCUCACAAAUGGUAUACAUACUGAUGAAUAUAAAAGGAUUCUAUACCGAAGUCAACAAUAGCCUGCAAUGCAGCCUUAUGGAACAAAAUAACACAAAUGAAAUUUACACGCGAAUUAAGUUUAAAAUGACCAACAGCCUGCAUGAUAUCCGACAAAUACUCUGGAUGGUGACCACCAACUUCUGCUCCAUAAAUACAAGGAAUGCGACGAGCCCCAGUCUAUAGAA